GGGGCUGAAAGCCUGAAAGAACCGUGAGGAACUGAACAAGAAGAACGAUUUGGGAGAGCUGAACAGGAGCGAGGGUUUGAAAUUUGAACUCUACUGGUUCAAAUCGAUUUAGCAGAGAAAAGGGAGAAAUUCGCCUCCUUUUCCGAAUUGCACUGGGCGUAAGAAAAUCGCUUUUUUUUUCUUUUUCUUUUUCUUUUUCUAUCUUUUUGGUAAUGAUUUAGGCGAAGUAGCGAGCUCCUCUGUGUGUGUGUCUCCGCAUGUUAGAGAAGAUUUUCGUUUUGUUUCUGUUGGGUGGAGAAGAGGCUGGACGAGGCUUGUCGACUUUCCAAUCGCAGGUUUUUACUCUGGGCUGUGUGUGUCGUCUUAUCUGUCUGUUUUUACUCUGGGUUGGAUUAGUGGCUUUGGUCUGAGUGGUUGACUUUUUCUUUUUUAGUUGAGAAAUUAGUGACUAGCUCUAGUUCAAUGAGAGGAGUAGUAAUGGUUGCUAAGGUUGAUACAACAUACUUUUGGAGAAUUCAUUAUGACUAAGUGAAGGCAAACAAUCCCAUUGUUGAUCAAUAAGCUUUCUGGAUGAGAACAAUUAUGAUGACAGUGGAUGUAAUCCAGGAACAGAAGCAUUUUUCAAAUGAGUGGUGGAGAAAAUAUUAACCUGAACAGUCGAACUGAAGAGGGUACAGAGAAGGAAUGUAGAUCUGCAUGUGGACUAGAUUCAUGCAAUGUCUCACAGCAAAAUGCUCCUGUAGAAGAAGUAGGCCAGAAAGAUCCAGAAGUAGGAAUGAUGUUUCAGACAUGGAAUGAUGCAUAUGAUUUCUAUGGUGAAUAUGCUAAGAAUGUGGGUUUCAGUGUCAGAAUACAAGGAGGACACAAAUUAAAGUCUGGUGUUUACAAAGAUAGAAUAUUUGUUUGUUCUUUUGAAGGUCAUCGUGCUUUUGAUAAACGACGAGUCCAUGUGAAGUAUCGACGUGACAAUAGAAGAACUGGUUGUAAGGCACAAUUAACUAUUGCCUUGCAAGCUAAUGGAAAGUACCAUGUAACUAAAUUUGAAGGAACUCAUAAUCAUAUGGUUCUAAACCCAAGAAUAUCACAAUUGCUAAAGUCGAAUGGGAAAACAGCAUUAGCACAUUCAACUCAGGCUGAUUCCAAUAGUUCAUCAACACUUCCAAAAUCAACCUUAAUUUUACCAAAACCAACCUUGAUAUUACCGAAAACAAGUUUUUCAGUUAUGGAUAAACAAGUCAGAGAACUUCAGAAUCUUGGAGCUAGCCAUGCUGCUUAUAACAACUGUUUGUAUGCAAAGAGGAAAAGGGACAUGGAGAAAGAAGGUGAACAGGUUAGAGAGCAUCGGGAUCUUGGUGUUGUCCAUGAUGAUUAUGAUAACUAUUUGAAAGAAAAGAGGAAGAGGGAAAUGGAAAAAGGAGGUGCAGGGGCAAUAUUGAAAUACUUUGAGAAAUUGCAAGAAGAGAACAGAUUAUCAUUUCACUCGAUACAACUUGAUGCAAUGGAUCAAAUAACCAACAUCUUCUGGGCAGAUGCAAGGAUGGUGGCUGAUUACAACUAUUUUGGUGAUGUCAUUUCUUUUGAUACUUCUUUUAGAACAAAUGAUGAAGAGCGACUGUUUGCAACUUUUGUUGGAGUUAAUAAUCAUAAACAAAUUGUUGUUUUUGGAGCUGCACUACUAUAUGAUGAGACUGUUGAAUCUUUUAAAUGGGUUUUCCAAUCUUUCUUGAGAGCAAUGUCUGGCAAACAACCAAUAACAAUUCUUACUGAUAAAGAUGCAGCAAUAACACAUGCAAUAGAACAUGUGUUUCCAAAAACAAGCCAUCGUUUUUGUAUAUGGCAUAUAUAUCAAAAUGCGGCUAACCAUUUGCAAAUUAUUUUUGCCACUUCUUCUUUUCAAGAAGACUUUCGUAGAUGUAUAUAUGAGUACGAGGAAGAGGGUGAGUUUCUUAGAGCAUGGAAUGAUAUGCUUAUAAAGUAUGAUUUAAAAGAAAAUGUUUGGUUGCAAGAAUUAUUUGAAGUGAAAGAGAAGUGGGCCUUGGCAUAUGGACGAAAUCAUUUUUGUGCUGAUAUUGUAAGUACACAAAGGAGUGGGAGCAUGAAUAUGUCAUUGAAGGGAUACUUGAAAUCAACUCUUGAUCUAUUUCAGAUUUUUAAUCAUUUUGAAAGAGUCGUGGCAGACUAUCGUCUUAAAGAGUUGGAAAUGGAUGUCAAAAUGAGCCAGAGCACCCCCCAUUUACCUUUUCCGAUACAAAUGUUGAGGCAAGCGGCAUCUAUAUAUACUCCAACAAUAUAUAGGGUGUUUGAAAAGGAAUAUUCAGAAUCUCUUGAUUGUGUUAUUCAAAAUAAAUUUGAGGUUGGAACAAAAAUUGAAUACAUAGUGAAAUAUUGCAAUGGGCUUCAUAAGUAUGUUGUUGCAUUUGAUCCAUCAAACAUAACAGUUGUGUGCAGUUGUAAGAAAUUUGAGUUUUCGGGGAUCAUUUGUUCACAUUCCUUGUAUGUUCUUCUAGAAAGACAGGUAAAACAACUUCCAUCACAAUACAUCUUGAAGAGAUGGACAAGAAAUGCAAAGGAUGGAGCUGUAACUGAUUAUCGUGGUUGUACAAUUGAACUUGAACCUAAUGUACGAUUCUCUAUGAUGUUUAGAGAGUUACAAAGAGUAUCUAGAGAGACAUCAGCACGUGCUGCAGAGGACAAAAGAUCCUUUUUAUUUUUAUUAGAUGUCUAUAAGCAUGCACGCCAAAGGAUAGAAGAAAUACUGAAGAGUAGAAGCUCUGUGGAUUUUGGCUUGGAUUUCUCAUUCUUCUAUUGAUUUGUUGUAUAAGAUGGUUGUGACUAAGUUUUGUGGAUGAAUUUGACAGAGGAGGCAAAAUUGCAUCUCCUUAUUUUGGUAAGUACCUUAUAGAUUGAUAAUUUUUAUUGCUAAUUUAAUUAUGUCUUUGAUUGUCUUCUAGAAGUAAAGAUUUAUUACUUUUUUUUCUGUUCUGUCAUUGAUGAUCUUUAGAAGGCUAAGAUUCUCCUCAUCAAGAUCAUGUAGCUUCUGUUAAUUUUAGUUUUUAUA